CUAACAAACCAACUUUCAUUUCUUUGUGUUCAAAGCUCAUAGUAAAAUAAUUACAAGAGAUACUGCUUUAUUUUGUUGCAUUAUGGCUCAAUCUCCAGCUGGCUUAUAUUCAAUGCUUGAUCAAGCUGUUGAACCAGAGGGUGGGACAGCAAGCCCCCAACAGGGUCAGGUUACUUUGCCACCCCAGCAGGCAACGACUACAUCAACCCCUCAGACGAAGCCGAGAGAAAAAUACAAACUUGUUUUGUAUCGACUUGGAGUUACUGAAAUUGUUCUUGGCCUUUUAUCUGUAGUUUUGUGCAUCGUUACAUUGCUCAUUGCAAGCACAAAGAAGACUUUCGCCUAUCAUAGCUCUAGGAAUAACAUAACAUAUUAUUACUGGUAUACUAUCAACUACAGCAUGGCGUAUGCGUCUCACGGAAUAUGGUGCGGUGCUAUCGUAAUUGCAUCUGGAAUUCUUGGAUUCAAAGUUAGAAGAAAACCUUCAAUCUGUUUAUAUAAUGCGAAUAUGGCAGUCAGUAUUGUAACUUCUUGCUUCAUGGCUACGUUGUGUAUAAUGUCUGCGAUAUGUGCUGGAGACACUUACCCACGUGAAGGAAAUGGAGGAAUCAUUGCCGUUCAUUCUAUUAUGGCUGUCAUUGGAUUUGCCGGAAUGAUUAUUUGUAUUAUUCAUUCUGCAUAUUGUUGCACUGGUGUCUGUUGCCGCAAAAAACCACAAGGCGUGGUUGUAUACGCAGCUCACCCUGCUUAUUCGCAACAACGAAUGGUUCAGCUUGCAAACGGCCAAUUCAUUAUGAUACCUGCUCAAGGAUAUGCACCGGGAACUUCAUAUUACCCCGGUGCACAAAUGCCUCCUCAACCAGGAGUGGCCGUUCCUCCCUACCCACAGACACCAAACUCUCAAAUGACAAAAGAACAAGAAGCUCAAGCAAACCAGAACCCACUCUUGCAUGCAUAAGAGAUUCGAAAAUUUUUCAACAUUUUAUCUCAAAGCCGUAAAGCUGAAGUUAUUUCAGAUUAUGUUACGUUUUAAAAAUCAUCGCGUGCUAUUUUACUAAACAUUCAUUUAUUUGUUUUUUGUAAAAACACAUAUUGCGUUAAACACAAUUUCAUGACAUCACCACAGUUAUACUGCCUAAAUUUAUAUUGCUGUCUCUGUUCCACUUGAAUACAUAAAUUUUAUUUUUUAGUGCAAUAGUAAAUACAAAGUAUUUAAAUUUAUUUUAGCUGUAAUCUGGGUCUUGGUGAAAACUGGUGGAGGGAAAGUGAGAAACAAGGAGGAUUAUCUAAUGAAGCAGGUGUUCCCAAGCUUUUUUCGGGACGACUCCAAGAACAACUUUCAAGUGUCCAGUGCGACCCCAGGUCAAUGUAUAUAUAUUCCAUGAAACUUUAGAGCUUCUUCCACUGGACUUUUGAGUUUGGUCAUGUGGUGGCGUUAGGUAAAAUAAGCUAAAACCAAACAGUGAUGUCAUAAUAAGCACCUACAUUUGCUAUAGCAUAAGCAAGAGCAAUGUCUAUCGGCCUGUUUCACAAUAAGCCAUGGUACAAAUUGCUGAAUAAA